UAGCAGAAGUUAAACAAUCCGCACAACCCAUAAACACUCGCUCCUCCGCCAGCCCGUUCGCCCAGCCGCCAUGUCCGUGUCACCGAGCAGCGCGUAAUCAGCCACCGAGAGCAGUCCGCCCGUCGCCACCAGCAGCAGCAGCAGCAUCACCAACAGUCCCGAUCCCCCAGGAGCAACAGGUUGCUCAUCCAGAGUUCGUCCAUUCCACGCAGUGAGCAGCAACAGCAGCAGAGCAGCGUCGCCGGAGACGAGAUCAGGCCGGGAUGCAGCAGCGCCGCAAGCAGGCCAACGGCAAUGGAGCCUGCCCCGAUGUGGACGCUCCUGAGGAGCAGAAGGAGACCGUAAAGGUGGCAUCGCCACCGCGACGCGGCUGUUACUUCUCGCUGGCCUUCUCCAUUGGCUCGAUGGGACUGGCCUGCGGCAGCCUGUGGCAAAUACCCAACACCACCGAUCGCAUCUCGCUGCAGCGUGGCCUGUUCAUCACCUCGCUGGGUUUCAUCUACUUUGUGUCGCUGACGGAUUUCUGUAACAAAUAUCUGCUGGAGACGAGCCGGGGCCAGGAGUUUCGCCGGAAGUAUCGCCUAAUGAUGUCCGAUGUGCUGGAGAUCACCAACAAAAUUGUUUCGGCUAUUCAGGCUUCGUUUUCCUUCCUCGUCGGCCUUAUUGUGUGUAAAUCCACCUGCACCAAAUCGUUUGUGUAUGCCUCGCAUUUCCUAAUGGAGGCCUACGGCUGGUUUGGCACCGCCUACUUUAUGUACGACAUCUGGUCUAUGUACAAGGUGCACACCCAGAAGAUAGCCGACAAACUGCAUUUGCUGCGCAUCACCAAGAAUCAGGGUUCAAGUUCGUUGGUAAGCAAUGGCCAUGCCAAUGGCAAGUCUUCUUCGGGUGGCAAUAACAACGGCAGCACUCCGUCAACACCCCACGAGAUCUGUGACUAUGAUGGUGCCUGUGUCCAGAUACCCAAGGAUGGUCGCUGGGAUUUUCUCAAAUAUGUGCUUACCCACCCGGUGAUGAUGAUCCACCAUGUCUUUAUAGGCACCUUUGGCCUGCUGGUGGUCACGUACAUACGCGGUGGCGGACACUGUAUCUACAGCUACAUGUUCAUGAUGGAGUUCUCCACGCCCUUCGUCUCGCUGCGCAGCAUCCUGAGCACCAUGAGGCUGAAGGAGUCCCGCGUCUACAUUGCCAACGGGCUGCUUAUGCUGGCCACCUUCUUUGUGUGCCGCGUCUGUAUGUGGCCGUAUGUUAUGUGGCGCUAUAGCCUGGCCAUUGAGGCGGCCUCCCUGUGGACGGCCAUGUGUGGCUUGCCACGCGGCUGCCUGGUCAGCAUUGCCAUUUUGUUCUUGCCGCAGCUUUACUGGUUCUAUCUAAUGGUUUUGGGGGCCCUCAAGGUCUUCCUGCCUCAGAAACCGAGGCCACCCAAUGCCGCCUCUCCUCUUCCAGCCACGCCCACCGCCCUUAUAAAUGGCAAAAACUAAGUGCAAAGAUAUUGGGAAAAUCUUUUUUGUUUAUUUUUUGUAUAUCCAAAUGUAUUUAUUUCGAGUUCCAAAACGCCGCCGUUGCUCCAUUUUUGCGGAGCUCUUGCUUAUUGUUUAUAAAUUUUUUAACAAAUAAUGGAUAUACCAUAUAUAGUCGGACAAGGACGGACUUUGGACAGAUGUUUAGUUUGUAAAAGACAUUAUUUACUACUAAAAAAAAAAAAAAAAAAAGAAAAGAAAACAAAUAUUAAGAACUAAAAGAUCAAAGCCUAACUAUAGAAUCAACUAAACCAAAAGCAAAGAUGAAGCAAAUAAACUGUGUUUACUUUUUGCAAGCACAAGCUCUAAA